CUGCUUUGGCAAAAGAUGCCGUGAAGAUCCAUAGAAAAAAGGACAGUGUAACGGAAAAAUGAGGUGAAGUUGUUUUCAACUGCAUGUUUAGACGUUUGAAGAGAUCGUUUGGGAUAUAUUUGUGGAGCCAUGCGUUAUCGGAAAGCUGGAUAAAACUUGCAGGUGUUUUCCGACAGGCGUCGCAGCGACGGGCUGCUGUUUCACCGUGGAGGAAAUACAUCCUGGAUAAAUGCCUGGCUUAUUUGUUCAUAUAACUAGCAGUUUGUAUGGUAUUUGACCUCUCGAAGCUGAAUUGACGAGUUGUUGAAGAUGACUGACAAAGUGGAAGACUGGGGCUUUGGAAAAAGUCCACCAAUUUUAAAUUAACGGAUCCUUGAUUUCAUAUUCACACUACAACUAUAAAACACACGCUUUACUAUUUAUUACCAACAUCACAAGUGCACCUUGAAUAACUGUUUACAAGCAUGCCGCAUUAAACUUCCACACAGGCAUGAGUUAUUAGAGAUGCCAUGCUUAUACUGUUCAAUGUUUAACGUUAGUUAUUAAACAUGCUUGAUCAGCAUAAACUGACUGAAUCUGAUCCAACACAAGCCAUGUAUUCGAGAUUGUCUUCAAUUUGAUGUAUAAAUGGCCCUUUGGGGCAAAAAACUAUAACUGUUAGUGAUUAGAUUUAGAGAUAAAUGAAAGGCUUUAAUAUCACUGCGCCUUUAAUAGUUGUCAGGGUCGCUAUUGUUUUCCGAUUCAAAUAUGUCCGUGGGUUGCGUUAUUGACGAUGUGAUUGAGUGUUUCGUAGAUUUGUAGUUUAUAAAAAACACCAAAGGCCUUUAAGUAGUCGAUGGUUGUGGGAAUAUUACAGCAGAGCAGAAUAAUCAUUGCAUACCAAAAUAAAGCCAACCCCGAACACAUUCAACCACUGGAGACAAGUCUAGACAUUUCUCAUCUAUGCCAAGGUGUACUCGAUCACAAUCCACUGUUACUAUCGGAUUAUGGAUUUAUUUCUCAUACGGUCGAUCAUCGGCGACUGUCAUGCGCUCAGCGCGUGCUGCUGUGUUUUCUUCUGCAAGAUGUUUCCACGCGUGUCUCUCUGUUUGACUUAAACGUCACGAGCUACGACCCGUUCAUCCUGCUUUUACAUCUAAACCAACAAACUGAACUGUAAACUAUUGCUUUAGUUUCUCCAGGAUACUUACAGCAAAUGAGGGCGAAACUUCUGUGUUGUUUUAAUGCCUGGAAAUCCCCCAAGGACACAUAGGAGUAAUUAUGCCCUUAAGGAAAAGAGACACAGCCAGGGCAAUACGCCUUCUUGAGGACUAUUGCUCAAAACUGAAGAAACCAGAGGAACAACAGCUCAAAACUGCCAUCAUAAGAGUCAUGGGCAUCUUUAAAAGCAGUCUUUUCCAGGCUCUUGUAGAUAUCCAGGAGUUUUAUGAAGUGACCCUGUUGAACUCUCAGAAGAGCUGUGAGCAGAAGCUUGUGGAGGUUGUUCACAUGGCCGAGCAGUGGGAACACAAUGCCACCAACUCCAACUCUCCCACCGGGGGUCUUCAGCCAACCUCCACACCACCAGAGCUGAGAGAGGAAGGCCACAUGGAGCUGACAGUGGAAGAAGCAGCCGCCCAAAGCACCAAUGCCGAGAACAGGCAGGCAGCGGCUGUACAGGGCACCCAGCACCAAAACCACUCUCCAGGAUGUGCGAACCCAGCAUUGAUGAACUCCCCCUGGUACCGAUACCAGGAUGAUGAUUCCCCUCCUCCAGAACACAGUUUCCCUAGGCUUACCAAUGACGUUCGGGCACCAGAACUCGUGCACGUUUCGGAGAAGAACCUUUCUGAGAUUGAGAAUGUGCACGGCUACGUUUCCCACUCUCACAUUUCACCGCUUAAGCCUGCAUUGGUUACCCGGUUUGAUCUAACAUACCCAGGGGUGACCGCGGCAAACUACCUGGCAAGCCCUGCUCCAAUUAUUGUCAACACGGACACUUUGGAAUCUGUACCUUACGUAAAUGGGACGGAAAUUGAAUAUGAGUUUGAAGAGAUUACAUUAGAACGGGGUAAUUCUGGAUUGGGGUUCAGUAUAGCAGGUGGAACAGAUAACCCUCACAUCGGUGAUGAUCCUGGGAUCUUCAUUACGAAAAUCAUCCCAGGUGGAGCAGCGGCAGAAGACGGCAGGCUCAGAGUGAACGACUGCAUUUUGCGUGUGAAUGACGCAGAUGUCUCAGAGGUGUCUCACAGUAAGGCGGUCGAGGCAUUGAAAGCGGCUGGAUCGAUCGUGCGACUCUAUGUGCGCAGGAGGAGACCGAUGCUGGAGACCAUCACUGAAAUCAAACUUAUUAAAGGACCAAAAGGGCUUGGCUUCAGUAUUGCCGGUGGUGUGGGCAACCAGCACAUCCCUGGAGAUAACAGCAUCUAUGUGACUAAAAUCAUCGAUGGGGGUGCAGCGCAGAAGGAUUGCAGAUUACAGGUUGGAGACAGGCUGCUCAUGGUGAAUAAUUACACUCUAGAAGAGGUGACCCAUGAAGAAGCGGUGGCCAUACUGAAGAACACAUCAGAUGUGGUGUACCUGAAAGUUGGGAAACCCACUAGUGUCUACCUGUCAGACCCCUAUGGACCACCCGAUAUCACACACUCAUUCUCACCCGCAAUGGAAAAUCAUAUCUCUUCCCCCGGUAAUAACGGCACUCUGGAAUAUAAGUCCAGUCUUCCGCCCAUCUCCCCCGGCCGAUAUUCCCCCCUGCCCAAGCAUUUGCUGGGGGAAGAGGACAUAAACAGAAAUCCCUCAUUAGAUGAGAUGGAAGGUCACAGGUUUGAUUCCCAGCACUUCCAAUUAAGGCCGCCAGAGCCAGUUUACAGCACUGUGAACAAAUUGAGUGACCGAGCCCCCUCUCCCCGUCUCUACUCCCCCGUGGAGUUUGAUAAAAGCCCCAUGCACUCACUCCCUCACUUCCCUCACUAUCACGUAGGCCUGCUCCCUGACUCCGAGAUCACCAGGGAGCCCAGGAAGAUUGUCCUGCACAAAGGCUCGACGGGAUUGGGAUUCAACAUCGUAGGUGGAGAAGAUGGAGAAGGCAUUUUUGUGUCCUUUAUACUCGCAGGAGGGCCUGCUGACCUCAGCGGAGAGCUACGGAGAGGAGAUCAGAUCCUGUCUGUCAAUGGCAUCGAUCUGCGAGGUGCCACUCACGAACAAGCAGCAGCUGCACUGAAAGGGGCGGGGCAGACUGUAACCAUCUUCGCCCAGUACCGACCGGAGGAACUUGCCCUGUGCUCCCCACGCCGGGCCCCGCCUCCAUCUGCAGAGUACGGGCGUUUCGAGGCCAAAAUUCAUGACUUACGAGAGCAGAUGAUGAACCACAGCAUGAGCUCCGGAUCCGGGUCCCUAAGAACCAAUCAGAAACGCUCCCUCUAUGUCAGGGCGUUGUUUGACUACGAGAGGGCGAAGGACAGCGGUCUUCCCAGCCAGGGUCUGAGUUUCCGAUAUGGAGACAUCCUUCACGUCAUCAAUGCCUCUGAUGAUGAAUGGUGGCAGGCCAGGAGAGUGACUGCUGAAGGAGACAGUGAGGAGAUGGGUGUCAUUCCCAGCAAGAGGAGGGUGGAGCGAAAAGAACGAGCUCGUCUAAAGACAGUCAAAUUCAACGCAAAGCCCGGUAGCCUCGACUCUAAAGGGUCAUUCAGUGAAAAACGUAGAAAGAACUUCAUCUUUUCACGCAAGUUCCCUUUCUACAAGAACAAGGAUGCCGACGAUCAAGACGAGAGCGACUCGGAACGAAGUCAAGAGGAAGUCAUCCUCUCAUACGAGCCCGUCAUUAGACAAGAAAUUAAUUACGCCAGGCCAGUUAUAAUCCUGGGACCCAUGAAGGACAGAAUCAACGAUGACCUCAUCUCCGAGUUUCCGGACAAGUUUGGCUCGUGCGUUCCACAUACUACCAGACAAAAGCGGGAUUAUGAAGUGGACGGGAGAGAUUAUCACUUCGUGGGCUCAAGAGAGCAGAUGGAGAAAGACAUCCAAGAGCACAAGUUCAUUGAAGCCGGACAGUACAACGAUAACCUGUAUGGAACCAGCGUCCAGUCCGUGAAAUACGUGGCUGAGAGGGGAAAGCACUGCAUACUUGACGUGUCUGGGAAUGCCAUAAAACGACUACAAGUAGCACAUCUCUACCCCAUUGCUAUCUUCAUAAAGCCUAGAUCCAUUGAGACUUUAAUGGAGAUGAAUAAAAGGUUGACAGAAGAGCAGGGCAAAAAGACAUACGACCGUGCCAUGAAACUGGAACAGGAGUUUGCCGAGUACUUCACAGCACUGGUUCAAGGGGACACACUAGAGGACAUUUAUAACCAGUGUAAGAUGGUGAUAGAGGAACAGUCUGGACCUUACAUCUGGAUUCCCUCGAAAGAAAAACUAUAAAAAUCUCCUCUGCCCCGGCAGAGACCUUGGACUGCAAAAAACAACAUAGGAAGAAUUUGUAACAAUAUAAAUUAUUAUUAUUAUUAUUAUGGCGAUGUUUAUUGUUAAAGUUUGUUUGUUUGUUGGUUUAUGUUGCUUUUUUAUUUUCAAUAUGAAUGUUCCUGAAUGUACACCACAAAGUGUUAGAAGCAUUUUUGGUCUUAACUAAAAACAAUUUUUUUUUUUGUAUAUUUAUUGGUUAGCAUUUUAAUUAAACAAUUUAGCGCUGAGUGUAUGUUAAACAAUCUUCGGUUGGGAUCGUGAAUGAGUUUCACACAACUGUCACUACUUAAACAAAAUGGCUUUCAUCAUUUCCACACGGUAAAGUUUUUUUUUUUGCUGCCUUAAAUUUUUUGUUGAAUCAACUCAAGUCAUGUCAACUUACUUUUAUUUAUCUUGACAAGAGAUGAGUUGUUAUAACUUAUAAAAUGAAGUUGACUUUUUCCAACUAUAUUUUAUAAGUUAUAACAACUCAUCUCUAGUCAAGAUAAAUAAUAGUAAGUUGGAAUGACUUUUUUUUUUUUAAAUUUAAGGCAACAAAUAAUUUUUUACAGUGCACCCAGUCGGUUCAUUUUUACGUUACCUUUGAUCAACUCGGCAUCUAUGCACUCCUGUGGCUAACAACACACAUGCUUAUUGUGUUAUAUUUUUGUAUUAUUUUUUGUACAGACAUUUGUUUUAUUUGAGUAUGUUUCUUUUAAAAUUGAAUCUUCUAAUGGACAAUUUCUUGUGAUUAUAAGAUGAUUCAGAAUAAUGGCUAAAGGGAUUCAAGUAGCUAUAGGAAAACGACACUAUAUUUUGCUAUUUAUAUUGAUAGAGGACACAACAGCACAGAAAUAUUUAUAAAGAUGAUAUAUAACUUUGUCUAAAACGAAUCAUUUUGGAAUUCAAAUUGAGAUUUUACUGGUGUGUCAUAUAUUGUGUUUUUGUCGCUGUUGUGUUUGGUGAGGUACGAACGAGAUACGGCCGUGAGCUUCACAAGGUUGAGUGCAAAUUUUUCCUGCUUCUUCCCAUCCCAGCUUUCCCAAAACCUAAGGAUUUUAUUGUUGGCUGCAUAUUCAGUGCUUAAAAUUGAUUUUUUUGUUUUUAUUUAGUUAGUCUGGAUAACAGGAAAGACAAUUUUCUUGUUGUUUCAGAGACAGAAACACUUGUACUUCGCUGUCUCCCUCGAGACCUCCUGAAGUGUUUACAGUACCUCAACUACAGUUCAAAACGAAAAAGAGGAACAUUCGGUCUGCAAAAUAGCUGUAAUAGCUACAUGUAUAGAAAUUCAUUUCUUAUUUCUUUAAUUUUGGCAUGCUUGUGAAAAUGAACCUGCCCUCACGUUUACAGUGCAUACAUCUGUAAUUCACGUCUUUUUCAUGUACAGUUGAGAGACACGGCUGUCCUCCUGCAUAAAUAGCAAAGCGCAAUUUGUGGAAACUACAAAUGCCGAAAGCCAUUAACUCGGAUCAUACAAAAUGUGUGCGUGGGGGGUAUUUGUUGCAAUAUUUAUUGGGAAAUGUUACGGCGCGGUUGGCAAGAGUCUUUUGACCUACUGGUCACCACUUGCCUUAAAAAGGGAAGAGACUUUUAUGGCCAGAUAGACAUUUUUUACGCUUUCUUGAAGACUGAGCACUUUUGUACAUUUGAGAAAUUAUUCACAGAUGUGUUUAACCAGAUGGUUAACACAGAAGAGAGAGGAACUGGAUAUCACAGUGAGCUCUUCAUGAUAUAAUGUAGAUUUUUUUUAAUUAAAUAUAUAGAUGAUGUAUAUGUUAUUAUGACUAUGUAAACCAUGACAUAAUGACUUUAAGAAUAUAAUCAUAAAUUGAACAUUUUAAAUGCUGUGAAUUUAUGUUUGUCUUAACACAGACAUUUAUUUUUAUUUUUUUUGCUUGGAUGUGAUUGUUUUAUCAUCUGUAGCAUAUCAUUUUAUUAACUUUAGUUGUUUAUGCACAUGAUAGAUCAUGAACGCAUCUCUAUUGGUGCCCUUCAGUUGAAAUCUAUAUUAUUAGGUAAUCCGUAAAUCCCACCACAAAGAGUGCCCGAUAACAGAUGCAGCAGUUUUAACAAAACAAAAACCUAAACCCUGCAGAUUGUACGCACUUACAAGAGGCUUCUGGUGCUCAUAGUGUGAUUUAGUCCAUUAAUUCCAAGUGAAUGUUCAGCUUUAGUCAAACGUAGCUGAAUUGGGUUGUUUUUGUCUCAGGGUUGCCAGAUAGGGCUUUAUCACUGAUAUGAAACCUUUCAAACGAAGCGCAUCAAAUCUCAAAUGUUUUAUUCUUUACAACUGCAUUGCAUUUAGACUUUUCCUUUGUUUAUGUGUGUCUGUUUUGUGAUCGGUUCCCCAAAAUGAGGAUGCAAAUGUUAUUUAUUUAUUUUUCAACGAAUCCCGGAUGACGACGUGCAAUUUUGUAUAUAAACGUCUGUUUGCACUUACUGUAUAGGAGGAGAUCUUUAAUGAACACUGUCCCCAAACUUCUCUGUUUUUUUCUAUUUACGUCACAGGAAAUUAAAGUUAAAUUAUUAAACACUCA